AUGGGCAACUUCCUUAGCACACCGAUCACAACAAAGGACACGAAAGACGGGUUGGGAAAUGGCCUCGAGUUUGGAUUCGCCGGCAUGCAGGGUUGGCGCAAAGAAAUGGAGGACUCGUACGUGGCGAAUCUGCAGCCAGCUGGGCUGCCCCCGAGCUGCUCGCUUUUCGCAGUGUUCGACGGACAUGGCGGUCGUAUGGCCGCUGACUUGGCCUCCGAGAAAGUUGCGGAACAGAUGGCGAAUAUCAUGAAGACUGACGUGUUUCCUGCCGGACAAGCGGAGGAUGCAGACCCGAACAAGAUCGGUAAGGCCAUGCGCGACGCCUUCAUGAAUUUGGAUCAGAGAAUUAGCGAUGUGUUCGAGAGAAAUCCAAAUCCAAGCGGCUGCACGGCCCUCGCUGCGCUCAUCACGCCCACACACAUUAUCGUGGCCAACACGGGUGACUCGCGCUGUGUUAUGGCCAAGGCUGGCCACACGGUCGCGAUGUCCUUUGACCAUAAACCUACUAAUGUGGUAGAGCGCAAGCGAAUCGAGAAUGCAGGCGGGCAUGUGACGAAUAGCCGCGUGAACGGAGAUCUGUCAGUCUCGCGCGCUCUUGGAGACUUUCGUUAUAAGUCAUGCGCUACCUUGCCGGCUGAGCAGCAGCAGGUGUCUGCCGAGCCAGAUAUCGAAGUACACAAGAUUGACAAAACGGAGGAGUUUUUGGUGCUCGCGUGUGACGGGAUCUGGGAUGUCAUGAGCAACGACGAAGUUUGCGCUUACAUCCGUCAGCUCAUGAACAAAGGCGAGACGGACUUGAAGUUAAUAGCGGAAGAGAUCCUAGACAACUGUCUUCGGGCAGGAAGCCGUGAUAAUAUGAGCGUUGUGAUUGUCAAGUUUUCUGGCGCAAAGGUCGGUGAAGGCGGCGGUGUGGCUACAAUCCGAGAGGAACGUGCACGCUUGGAACGUGCACGCUUGGAACAGCAUUAA